UAUUAUUAUUGUUAUCUAGUUUUUAUAUACGUUUACGUUCUCAUUGGCACUGGCAUCAUUCACUUAUUUAAUUAUUUUAUUUAUUAUUACUCAUUUAUUCAUUUAUUAAUCACUUUAAUUAUGACAUGAGAUUUUUGUUAUUGUUGACUAUGAUAACACAAGGUCAUACCGGAUAUUUGUAAUUGUGACUAUUGAUAAUUUAUUUGUUAUUGUGAUAUGUUUUAAUCAGUACUAAACUAUGUAAAGCCAAAAAAACAUCAUAAUGAAGACAAAUUUAAAUGGAUCCAGUGGUUCCAAGCUGACUCAUAACAACAACAACAAGCCAACAGAAAAUGAGAAAAAUGUGAAAACUAAUUUAAACAUACGGGCAAGAUGAUAUGGCCGAGAGUGAAGUUGACGAGGAUUUGACAUCUAAUAUCAAGAUAAAAAAAAAUUUAAAGAGCAAAAUGAAGAUCUCAACGAUACCGCGAUCGCCCGAGACCGGGGAUAAAAGAGAGUGUACUCUGGUGUCUUCAUCAUCUUCAAGUGACACUAAAGCCCCGCUAUCAGAUAAUUCUGAUACCAGUGGGUUCCGUGAACUCGAUAAUCAUCAUAACAAUCAUCAAUACGAUGAUAAUGAUGAUCAUAAAGAUGUCAAGUUGAAGAAGAAAACGAUCUGCCAAGAAACCGUCUACGAGUUCGAAGAGGACGGCUUGACAAUGGAACGAGUCGGAAAAUAUCUAGAAGCUAAUCCAGCAGUUGUAGAGGCUUGGCUGAGAGACAAAGCGAGUAAUGAAUUAAAAGUAAAGCUUUUGAACACGAGUCUACUUAAGCAACAAUCAAGCUUAAGUGUACGGGCGCCAAAUUCUCAAGAGACUUUAGUACACAAGAGGAACAGCGUGACUAGUGAUCUUUUUCAGUCUUGGCUGGCUUCUAAUUCACCUAUUAAACGAUGCAAGAGUCCUAACCGUUUACCGAUUUCGUUAUCCGGUCGUCGAGCGGAACUAAAUCAACUAGACGAGGGUGAACUCUUUAUGGAAUUAAUUCGUGACGUAGCAAAUGAGCUCGACAUCAACGUACUCUGCCACAAGAUCCUCGUCAACGUCGGUCUGCUAACCCACGCCGAUCGCGGGAGUCUUUUUCUCGCAAAAGGUCCCCCAGAUGAGCGAUAUCUCGUUGCAAAGCUGUUUGACGUUACCCAAGACACUGAACUGGAAGACGCGAUUCAAAAAGCUUCUGAAGAAAUAAGGAUACCCUUUGGCGUGGGAAUUGCCGGGUACGUCGCUCAAACAAAAGAAAUAAUAAACAUAAAAGACGCCUACAGCGAUCCGAGAUUUAACAGCAAAAUCGAUAUGCGCACCGGCUACAAAACAACUUUGAUCCUGUCAAUGCCCAUCUGUAAUUACGAGGGUGACGUUAUUGGUGUCGCUCAAAUAAUAAACAAGACAAAUGGCAACAAUGAAUUUACCGACCAUGAUAUCGAAGUUUUUAAACGUUACUUGACAUUCUGCGGAAUCGGAAUUCAAAAUGCCCAAUUGUUUGAACUUUCCGUCCUCGAGUACCGACGAAAUCAAAUUCUGCUUAAUUUGGCGCGUAAUAUUUUCGAAGAACAAAACAAUCUUGAAUGUUUGGUCACUAAAAUAAUGACAGAGGCCAAAGAACUGCUCAAAUGUGAGCGAUGUCUGGUCUAUUUGCUGGACCUAGACUGUGGUGAGGCAGGACACCUGGAAAAAAUUGUCGAGAGGCCUGGGAAAUCGAUCCAAGAGGAUCGAAAACCCCUUUCUAGGCGGGAGAGCAACAACAUUGACAUGGAAGACAUCUUGUCGAGACAGGCGACGGCGACCGAUGGUAGCUCCAAGUUCACCAUGGUUUUUGAGAUGGAAAAUGGCGUUCAGGAAGCGAGGGUCAGUAGGCCCAGUACGGUCGAGCUUGCGAGUCCAUUGGGACGAAUCGCGAGAUAUGUGGCCAGCACGGGACAAAUUUUGAAUAUUGGUGAUGCCGCCAUUUGGCUGAGAAAGGGCGUCGUCGACUCGAGUAAGGAACCUAUCAGGAGUAUACUGUGUAUGCCGAUCGUUAAUGGACAACGAAGUGUCAUUGGUGUCGCUCAGUUAAUAAAUAAGGACAAUGGUAGCUCAUUUACUGACAGCGAUGUCUCGAUAUUCGAAGCAUUUGCUAUUUUUUGUGGACUAGGUAUCCAUAAUACUCAGAUGUACGAAUCUGCGUGCAAACUAAUGGCCAAACAAAAGGUCGCCCUUGAAUGUUUGAGUUAUCACGCAACUGCGAGCAACGAGGACGCAUCGAAACUUACGACUGAUCAUAUUCCCUCAGCCGAGCAGUACAAUCUCUACAGUUUCACAUUCAUUGAUUUUGAUUUGAGUGACGAUGACACCUGUAAGGCCACUGUGAGGAUGUUCAAGGCCUGCGACCUUAUUCAGAGGUUUCACAUUCCCUAUGACGUACUUUGUAGAUGGAUUCUUAGUGUUAAAAAAAAUUACCGGCCAGUAAAAUAUCACAAUUGGCGGCACGCAUUAAAUGUUGCCCAAACGAUGUUCGCGAUGCUUAAAACCGGAAAAAUGGAACAAUUUAUGACUGACCUAGAGAUACUAGGUCUUCUCGUAGCUUGUUUGUGCCAUGACCUGGACCAUCGCGGAACGAACAAUGCAUUUCAAACGAAAACCGAGUCACCGUUGGCAAUUUUGUACUCAACUAGCACUAUGGAGCACCACCAUUUCGAUCAGUGUGUCAUGAUACUAAAUUCCGACAGUAAUAACAUUUUUCAAACCCUAUCAAUGGAGGAUUAUAGACGUGUUAUGAAGGUCGUCGAAAGCGCUAUAUUGUCAACGGACUUGGCAGUAUACUUCAAAAAGAAAAAUAAAUUUAUGGAAUUAAUUGACGAGGGUGAAUUCGACUGGCAGAGCGAAGAAAAAAAAGAAUUACUUUGUGGCAUGAUGAUGACAGCUUGCGACGUCAGUGCGAUAGCUAAGCCGUGGGAUGUCCAACACCGAGUGGCUAAAUUAGUAGCCGAUGAAUUUUUCGAUCAAGGAGACUUGGAAAAAUUGCAACUGAAUCAGCAGCCCGUGGCAAUGAUGGAUCGGGAAAGACGAGACGAGUUACCGCAAAUGCAAGUUGGAUUUAUUGACGUAAUUUGUAUGCCUCUGUACAAAGUAUUGUCGGAAACGUUUCCCUGGAUAAUGCCUUUGUACGAAGGAACGACAGAGAAUCGUAAAAAUUGGCAAGAUUUGGCUGAGAAAGUCGAGAUGGGCUUGACGUGGAUCGAUCGUGAUACUAUCGAAGAACCUGUCGAAGAAUUCGUAUCACAAGAACCCAAAGAUAUUGAAUUUACAGUAACGACGUUGAAUUGUACGACGGAACGCAACAAAGACGCGAUUCCGGGAACCGCAAAAGCUUCGGAAUUUCCUAAAACUGCGUUAGGAAGGUUCGCUUCGCUUCGAAAAGGUGGUAGGUCACUUGGUAAAGGUGUUAGACAUCGACUCAGCAGAUCGCUUUACAGCCGCAGUAAUUCGGAAGAUACUGGGAAGGCUAAAGUUAUGUUACCGGACCGUAAAAGUAAUAAAAAUAAAUUAUGCUUGCUUAUUUGACGACUCACGAACUCUAGUGCACUUGAGAGUAUACCGGAAUAAAAUUAAAAAUUUAUUUUUUUUAUUUAUGGUGUUAAUGGAAAAAACGCUUAUGAGAAUUUAUGGAUUUUAUUGGUGUGAUAAUUUUUUUAGAAAAAUGUGAGUUGGGUUUCUGAAAAGCUGAGGAAAUUUCGCGUUGAAUGAGUACCAACAACGAUAUGUUACGAUAAUUUGGUCGAAUAUAAUUUUUUGAGUGAUAUAGUUUUUUAAAAAUUGAUUUUUUUAUAUUGUGGGUUUUUAAAUUUUUUUAGGAAGAAAUUUAUGUGAUAGACUUGUAGUUGGUGAAAUUGCGAGUAAAAUGAGUGGUCACAUGACUAUAUUUGGAAAAAGUCAUAAACAAUUAGUUUUAUUGUUUAAAAAAUAUAUGACUAAUAUAUAUAUAUAAAUAUGAGGUUAGUUUACAAUAGGGUUGUGGGUACUUGUUUUACUCGGCGACACAUGUACUAUAGUGUGGAUAUAUUUAUUUUUGAAAAAAAAAAAAAUUUUGAAAUUUGAUAUUUUUGUAUUUUUUGAAAAUUGAAAUUUUUUUGAAUUUUUUUUGAGGUCAUAUUCGAGUAGCUGAUCACUUUCUGCGUAAAAUGAGUACCCACAUCGAUAUAUUUUUUGAAAGUGAAAAUUAAUUAAUUUAAUUGAUUAAUCAAUUGUUUAAAAAAUUAAUUUUUUUACUUAAGAGGGUACAAAUUUAAAAAUAGGGUUGUGGGUACUCAUUUUACUCAGGAUUACAUUCUCUGUUUAUUAAUAUUCUUUAAUGACAAAAAAAAUUAAUUAGAAUAAUAAUUAAUUGGAAUAAUUAAAAUUUUUUCAAGUGGAUUUUUUGUGCCUGAAAUAUACUGAUGUGGGUACUCAAAUGAGAAGAAAUUUGAUGAAGAAUUGAACUGUGGGUUGACUUUUAAAUUUUUAGAACGAUGAAUGAAAAUAAAAAUUUUAUUUUAAUUAAAAAAUCAAAAAUGUCCAGUGUAAA